AUGGAGAGGACAGCGGGGAGUUCAGCCGCAUCGGAGCGCCUCAGGCGGCGGUCGAACGCGCCGAGAGCCUCCGCCGACGGCCUCUUCAGCGCCUCCUCCAUGGCGGCGUUCCUCUGUCUCACGGCGUCGCUGAUCCUGCUCCCUCUCGUCCUGCCAGCUCUUCCCCCCCCGCCGCUGCCGCUCCUUCUCGUGCCGGUGGGCAUAAUCGCGGUUCUUCUCCUUCUGGCCCUCAUGCCCUCCGACGUCCAUGACGUCGCCGCGUGUCUCUGA